UUUAGCAGUGCAUCUGCAUACUAUUCAUUAUUUUAUGGUGCUUACAAGGAAAUGAAGUACAAGUGCAAUUGUUAAUUGAACUUUGUAUCAUUUGUUUUGGAUGCAAUGAAAUAACCAUUGUAUAUAUUACAAAUAAGUAUUUUGCCACCAAAUUUUUCUAAAAUAGUUUUAUUAAUGAAGCUGAUUAUAAAUCUGUGAAAUUAAGUAAUACCAAACAAUGUUUCAAUCAAAUCCGGAGCCUGAUAUACCUGCAGCUUUAGGUUUGCUUUCUCACUUGACCAAUGACGAACUGAAAGAAUUGUUAAAUAAUGAUGGGAAAUUUGAAGACAUUGUAAAAGAUAUAAAACAAUUUAAGGAUUUAGAAACUGAAAAAGAAAUGUUAAUGGCAAGUAAUAGGUCCUUAGCGGAGUUUAAUUUAUCAAAACAACCAGAAUUACAGGAAGGAAAACAAAUAUUAAAAGAACUCAGUGAAAAAGGAACAAAAUUAUGCACAAGUGUAAAGGAGAAACUGGAUCAAAUAAGAGAAAAGUCUGGAGAAAUGACAGUUGAUACCGCAUUAGAUUUAUUACAAACAGCAGCAACUGAAAUUGAGGAAGAAUCAGAGACCAUAGCAGAAAAAUUUUUGGCUGGAGAUAUGGAAGUAGAUGAAUUUUUGGAGCAAUUUUUAUCAAGACGAAAAUUGAUGCAUUUGCGUAAAGUGAAAGUAGAUAAGUUAAGAGAGUUAAUAAGAAAAUCGCGUUCUGUUACUGGUGGUCCAGGUUACCCAAUUGCUAGCAAUUUCCCUGGUAUAGCGCCUUCUGUUCCGUAUCCAACUGGACCUGUUUCGAUGCCAAUGCCUGUACCAUCUGGUUUACCACAUUACAGACCAUAUUAAACUAUCUCUAACAAACAUAAUAUUGAAAUUUAAAAUGCUGUUCCACUAUAAAUAUUGAACUUUCACUAAUACGUAAGAAGUAUGUAUGACAAAAAAUGCUAUCAAGUUAAUAGUAAACAUUAACAAAUAUAUAUAACUAACAAAUGUACAAAAUUCAAUAAAAAAAUUAUUUGUUUAAUGUACAGAAUUAUGUGUUAUAAUAGCUGUAACAAUAAAUAACAGUAAUAUACAUUAUACAUAUACAGUAAAUACGUUAACAUAUUUGGGUAUAAAUUAUAUAGAAUUUCAAUUAGAGACAUUGUAAGUUACAUGUACAUUUUUUACUUAAUAUAUUAUUCACGAUUUUUUAAUUUAGUGUUCUGUGUAGAUUGUUACUGUUCAUAUGACAUAUAGAAGUAGCAUGUACAGUGUUCAUUCUAUAUACGCAAAAAUGUCCUUUACGAUAUAAGCAAAAAUGUUAUCCCCACCACGGGGGGGAAGAGCCCUCGAGACGCCCGAGGUUCACUCGCCGGGAAAUGUAACGUGAUUCGGACCUUAGUGUAUCCGUGAGACAAUACCAAUGCAAAUAUAAAACUUUUUUAUUUUUGA